CUGUUGAGCCGAGCCAGUCUGAUUAAUCGAGAGCUGAUUCUUGCGGAGUGGGUACUAGUAGACGUAAAAACAUCAAGUUUGAAACCAUGUCUUUAAACCGGGUACUGCUGCAGUCGGCGACUGUUAGCAAGGGCAUUACCCGCUGUUUUUUUACUGCAAGAAAACCAGAUAACACCAAUCCAAACUGGCUUCGUGUGGGCUUGGCAUUUGGAAGUACAGCUGCCAUCUGGGCACUGCUUUUCAAACAGCACAGCGAUGAUGUGUCUGAGUACAAGAGAAGGAAUGGACUUGAAUGAAUAACUGGCCUCUGACCAAGACUCGUUAACAUCAGAACACUGGGAGUGUUGUGACCAUGUUUUCCAGCAAUAUUUGAUUAUAGUAGUCCACUGUAUAUUUAAUGGUAUAAUGAAAAGUCCAGGAUAUUAUGUCCAACAUUUGUUUAUUAAACAAACUUGUAAAUACAUUGACUACUUGGUUCUGUAGUUUUGUAUCUUUGUGGAAUAUCAUGGAAAGUGUACGAAAGAAGUGCACUAAUCAGUUAAUUCUGAUUUCAGUUUUUUUUAACAUUUAUUUGGUGAAUAAACUUGGCAAGUAUGGC